GUUUAUCGUCCCUGUCGUCAAUUCUUCUCGCAUCCUCCAUCGCUCGUCGCUAAUCAUUGCAUCAGUAUCGGUCCACAUUCCCAUCCAUCCCUUAUUCCACAGUACCUCACCGACCUUCCACAAUGAGGUCUUCAGUCCUCUCAACCGUUGCAACAACGGUUGCCAUCCUCGCCUCAACCGUUGUAGCUGACGUGGACCCGAUUGUCAUCAAGGGCUCCAAGUUCUUCUACAAGUCCAAUGGCACCCAGUUCUUCAUGAAGGGCAUUGCCUACCAGGAGGAUAUUUCCACCAACGGCUCCAUAUCCGGCGCGGAUCUCAAUAAAUACGUUGACCCGCUUGCCGACGUUGCUGGCUGCACCCGCGAUAUUCCGGCUUUGGUUGAGCUCCAGACCAACACCAUCCGUGUCUAUGCUAUCGAUCCUACCAAGGACCACGAUGCAUGCAUGAAGAUGCUCGGGGAUGCCGGCAUCUAUGUCAUUGCCGAUCUGUCACAACCUGCCCUGUCGAUCAACCGAGACGAUGCCGCUUGGAAUGAUGAUCUGUACGAACGGUACACCGCCGUCGUGGAUGCUCUAGCCCCAUACGAUAACACCCUCGGCUUCUUUGCCGGAAACGAAGUUUCGAACGCUCCCAACAACACCGAUGCCAGCGCUUUCGUUAAGGCUGCCGUCCGUGAUACCAAGCAAUACAUCAAAACAAAGAACUACCGCACCAUCGGCGUUGGCUAUGCCACCAAUGACGAUGCCGAUAUCCGUCAGAACUUGGCCAAAUACUUCAACUGCGGCGAUGCGUCGGAGUCCAUUGACUUCUGGGGUUACAACAUCUACUCAUGGUGCGGCGACUCUUCUUUCAAGGAGUCCGGAUUCGAUGUGCGCACCAAGGAAUUCGAGGACUACAAUGUCCCGGUCUUCUUCGCCGAAUAUGGCUGCAACUCGGAACGGCCCCGUCUCUUCUCCGAAGUUGGCGCCCUCUAUGGCUCUGAAAUGACGGAUGUUUGGUCCGGCGGUAUCGUCUAUAUGUACUUCGAGGAGGCCAAUGAAUACGGUCUGGUUAAAGUCAAGGGUAAUGAGCUCGAGAAGCUUGGGGACUUCUCCUCGCUUUCGAGCCAAAUUGCCAAGGCUACUCCCAGCGGCGUCGACAUGGGCUCGUACAACCCGACCAAUACCGCUCCCGCGGAAUGCCCGGCGGUUGCCUCCACUUGGGCCGCCGUCGCCAGCCCUCUCCCGCCGUCCGUGAACCCGGCGCUCUGCACGUGCAUGAUGUCGAGCCUCAGCUGCGCAGUCUCCGACAACGUCGAUGAGGAGAAGUACGGCGAUCUGUUCGGUGAGGUGUGCGGCUACGGUACGGAAUACUGCUCGGGCAUCGCCCACAACGCCACCACCGGCAAGUUCGGCGCCUACUCCAUGUGCAACGCCAAGGAGCAGCUCUCCUACGCCUUCAACGUCUACGCGAGCAGCGACAAGAACAAGAAUAACGGCAACGCCUGCGACUUCAACGGCGCCGCCACACAGAAGUCCCCCGCUUCCCUCUCCGAGGACUGCAAGUCCCUGGUCUCCCAAGCCGGCACCGACGGCCAAGGCACCGUCACCUCCGUUCCCACUCCCGGUGGCGCCGGCGCUGGUGGUAGCAGUAGCAGCACCGGUGCCAGCAGCGCCCUCACGGUUCCCAGCAUCGACUUUGGCUUCGUCAAGCUCGGCCUGUAUGUUGCGUGCGCUACCCUUGCCGGUGCCAGCAUGAUCAUCCUCUAAACGAAUACAUGUUGGAGAAUGCCGUCUCGUCGAUCUGGUCCGAUGCCUUGGUCAUCAAGACUAUCUAUGCUCAGAUCAGGGUCGGCUUCAUGGGACAGCUUCUGCCUUUUCGGCGCAUUAUGGGUUCUCUUCCACAGAGCGUGGAGAGCGUUAUAUUCAUGUUACUUUGUAAAUUUGUCGCUUCGGGGGUGUGUCCGGGAUUAUGGGUCAACCAGCAUAGUAUCGCAAUUCCAUUCCUGCAUUGAUUCUUCCAAGUACUGUGCCGCGAUUUGCGUCCUAAU